UAGUGUCUUACUGGAUUUAGCUGCGAUUUUGUGAUGACGUUUUGCAAGUGCGCUCGCGGUCAAUCGUUGCCAUCGUUGUGCAGCGAUAGCGACGUGCCUCCCAGCACUUGUCCCGCUAAGUUGCACAAGCAGGGAGCAUCGCUGCUGCACAUGGUACGCCUAUUGCUGCCCUCAAUCGCAAUGGCGCUUGCUGCACCACCCAGCGGACCUGCAAAGCACACCCUGAAAAAGCUCGUCGCAUUCGAUCUCGACGGUACGCUGUUGAAUCCGGAGCACCGCCUCACGCAGCCGACGCUGGACAAAUUGCGAGAGCUCGACGGUCUCGGCGUGAGCAUCGUAUUUGCUACCGGGAGGUCAGCACCCGCGGUGUACGAGCAUGUUGCGGCGCUCGGGAUCCAAUCAACACUGCCAUGCGUGCUGUACAACGGCGCGGUCUGCUACGCGUUUCCUCAACCAUGCGAUAGCGCAAAGGACGCCGCUGCACGAAAGGAGGAACUCUUUUCGUUAGGCAUCGACCUCGCCGACGCGGCUGAGGUGUGCGCAUUUGCGGCAGAGCGGGGGUUGCUGGUGCAGUAUUACGUGGGCGAUCACAUCUACGUCCGGCCGACGUGCGACGAACAUAGAGAUCUGGUACGGCGAUAUCAUGAGUUGACCGGCGCUUCUCACACGAGCGUCGAAGAAUAUCCUCUCACCGAGAGCCCAGCAAAAAUGCUCCUCAUGACGGACGAUCCCGACGGCGUCCUGAGCACUGUGCGCGAGGCCCAGGCCUCAGGAGCCUUGCCGAGUGGGCUCGCGUCGAUCCGCGGCUCGCCGCCGUUCUUCGUCGAGAUGCUUGGACAGGGCGUCUACAAGGGCUCGGGCCUCGCUAAGUUAUGCGAGCGGCGCGGCGUCGCCAUGGCGGACGUCGUAGCCUUCGGCGAUGGAGAAAAUGACGUAGAGUUCGUACGCGACGCGGGCCUCGGCGUCGCAAUGAAAAAUGGAAGGGACGCCGUCAAACAGGUUGCCGGCCGCGUAACUGCACGGACGAACGCCGAGGACGGCGUCGCCCACGAACUCUCGAUGUUGCAGGCGGAGGGCGUCCUCCCCCAAAGAAACUAAGUCUAUCA